AUGCAGAAUCUCCCCGGUGGAGGCCGACCACCCCCUGUUCCCCCGGGAUGGGUCGCCGAGUGGAACAGCCAGUACAGUGCAUGGUACUACGUCAACCUCAGCACAAACGUUUCGCAAUGGCAGGCUCCCAACCCAUCCUCUUCCCCCGCCCCGCCUGGCCCUCCCCCUCAUCUGAGCGGUGAUGCCGCCCUCGCCGCCAAACUGCAAGCCGAAGAAGAUGCCCGCGCCCACAGAUACAAUCAGCCGCCGCCAUCGCAACAAGGCGUGCCGCCGCCUUACUCGCCAUCCCCAAACUCGCAGGGCCACGGCGGCGGAUACCAAGCCCCGCAGCAGCAGCAGUACGCCGGCAGCGGAUAUCUGCAGCCGGGGCAGUAUGGCCAUCAGCAGUCGCACAGCCCAGGCCCGGGCAUGAGUCCGAACCCGUAUGGCCCGCCCAGUCCCAGCCCAGGUCCUGGAGUCAGCCCGGGGCCGUAUGGGCAGCAGCAUGAUCCGCGACAGCAAGGCUACAACCAGCCGCAGUACUACUCUGGCCAGCAGCCGCCUCCCAAUGGGGCGUACGGGCAGUAUCCCCCAUCUCCCGGCAACUACGGGCAGCAGCAGCCCCAGGGUUCAGGUGGCAGCAAGGCCAGUGGUGGCGGCGGUCUGCUGGGGAAGCUGAUGGGCAAGACCAAGAUCCCGGGCGCGGCGUCGGGCUCCGGCAAGCCUCCCAAGAACAAGAAGGGCAAAUGGGGAGUGCCGGCUGCGCUCGCUGGAGGAGCGGGUGCCGGUGUGUUGGGAGGAGUGGCAAUGUCUGCUCUCGGACACAGCGUGAUGGGUGGCCAUCACGGCGGAGGGCACUACGGCGGUGGUGGAGGUUAUUACGGGGGCGGCGGGGGGUACUAUGGAGGAGGGCACGGGGGCGGUGGUUCCAGCUCGAGCAGCAGCAGCGAUGGUGGUGGUAGUGAUUAUGGUGGUGGAGAUGAUUGGGGUGAUGGUGGAGGUGAUUUUGGAGGUGAUUUCGACUUUUGA